UGGCAAAAGAGGCGGGGCCAAUUUUGCCGAGUUUUCACCGGUGCCUGCUGCUGGGGCUGUCGGAUUACGUGGGAGAGAUCUUUGUCGUUAAGAACUUCUGUUUUGUUGCUGCAAAGACUAUUAAUGUCGAUGACUUCAGUGGUGAAACUUUCUUAAGGUAAAGAGAGUCGUUUUCUGCAUAGGCUAGAGUCAUCCUUCCCUCUGAUUGCUGCAGGCUCUACCUCUUUAGCUGCAGACAUGCCGCGGGGUCGGAAGAGUAGGCGCCGCCGUAAUGCUAGGGCCGCAGAAGAGAACCGCAACAAUCGCAAAAUCCAGGCCUCAGAAACCUCUGAGAUGCCUUCCGCUGCCUGUCUGGUCCCGAGCACACCUGACGAUGGUCUGAGCAGCCCAGAAGACGACCCCGGCACUCCAGAGGAAACCUCCAGCACCCUGGAGGAAGUCUCAAGCAUUACUCAAGCACAAAAGCCCUCGGUAGCCCGGAGCAAUUUUCAAGGCACCAAGAAGAGUCUUCUGAUGUCCAUAUUGGCCCUGAUCUUCAUCAUGGGCAACAGCGCCAAAGAGGCCCUGGUCUGGAAAGUGCUUGGGAAGUUGGGCAUGCAGCCCGGCCGUCAGCACAGCAUCUUUGGAGAUCCCAAGAAGGUUGUCACAGAAGAGUUUGUGCGAAGAGGCUACCUGAUUUAUAAGCCAGUGCCUCGUAGCAGCCCAGUGGAGUACGAGUUCUUCUGGGGACCUAGAGCACACGUGGAAUCCAGUAAGCUGAAAGUCAUGCAUUUUGUGGCAAGAGUUCGUAACCGGUGUUCCAAGGACUGGCCAUGUAAUUAUGACUGGGAUUCGGAUGAUGACGCAGAAGUUGAGGCCAUCCUCAAUUCAGGUGCUAGGGGUUACUCUGCCUUUUAGGGAAAUCUGGGUCAAACCCUUGGGGGAGGUUAGAAAGAGCAUCAAAGGUACCCAAGGAGUAGAUCAUCUGAGUCCUAUGUUGAAAAUGACUGGGAAGUCCGGGGUGGGGGGUUGUUUAUUGGGGACAUUGUAUUUGGUAUUUGUGAUCAGUGCUAAUGUUUAACUGCGAAUAGAUCAUUUUCUUUGGCUACUGUAAAUGUUUAUUAAUUUUAGUACACUAUGUACACUAUUAAUGUCACAACAGUAUAAAAUCUGACACCUAAGCAGAUAUUUUUUGUUUGUAAUUGAAUUUAGUAUAACAGUGUGGUGAAUAUUAUGAAAUUAAAUAUGUACAUCAGAAUUUGGGAUCUGCUACAUAUUUUAUGUAUAGAAUAUAAGCUACAUUGAAUGUAUAGAAUACAUUGAAAGUUUGAAUUAAGCAGAAUAUGUGAGAGAAGGAAAGAAUUUGAUUUAUAUUAAGCAUUUCUGAAAAACCUGUUUGCUAUUGUGUAAAGAAUGUAUUUCCUGUGACAUGGAUUAGUUAUUGAAGCACAUAGAAAAAUAAAAUGAUAAUGAUAAAUAAUGUUUUUUAAUUAAUUUACCAAUAAACAACCACUCAUUA